AUGAAGUCGGUGCCAUUGUCGGCGGCCAAGACGUCAAAGCUGACUGGGUCUUCGGCUGCGCUGCUGGCGUCGUUUAUACCCGCUUACUCGGCGUACGGCAGCCCCGCUGGGUACGGUAGGCCCCCUGCGUACGGCAUCCCGCCCCCUGCUUACGGUAGCCCGCCCCCUGCUUACGGUAGCCCGCCCCCUGCUUACGGUAGCCCGCCCCCUGCGUACGGUAGCCCCGCUGGAUACCCGAGUGCGUCGUUGUACUCGGCAGCCCCAUCAUAUGGAGGAGCCUCGCCGUAUUCUCGACCUUAUGCUCGGCCUGCUCCCGUGGCCACGGUUGGGCUGUCUGCUGGCGGGGGGUAUGGUAGCUUUGGUGGUGGUAAUACCUUUGGAGCAGGAGCGGGUCAAGGCAGUUUCAUUUAUGGUAGCAGUCCUUACGGACAGACCGGGUCCGGUAAUAGCUUGUUCGGUUUCUACAGUUGGCUGAGCGGACUGUUGACCAAGAAGGCGACGUCCGCCGGAUCUUCGGGUGGCGUGGAUAUAGUGGUGCCAGCAAACUUGAACGGCGUCCGUUGCGAGAACGGCGUGAUCAUAGCUGCGCCUUAUAAGCGUCAACUUGAUGAUACGCUGCACCUGCACGACACGGACGACUACUGGAGGAUCGAGCAGCGGUCGCAGCCGCGGAAAUCUAUCUUCAGCAGCAACAACGCUCGCCGCUCGGAGGAAGGUUCCUGGCAGAAAAAAAGCACCUUUGACGACGACGACUACUACCCUCGAAGACGGCCGAUCGAAGACGACGUUGACGAUGAUCGCUCGCAACGGGUUAAGUCCGUCCGCUUUAAACACUAA